AUGCCAAAGAACACCAAGGUGACCCAGCGGGAGCACAGCAAUGAGCCGGUCACUGAGUCGGUGGCUGACCUGCUGUCCCUGGAGCACCCCAUGGACUAUAAGAGCAGUCAGAUGAGUAUGGGUCUGAGUCCCGGCUCUACUGCUCCAGUGAAGGCCCUGAUACCGUCCCCUGACCCAGACGCAGAGGACGGCCGACCGGCCUGGAACAACAAGCUGGAGUACAUCCUGGCCCAGGUGGGCUUUUCAGUGGGCCUGGGUAAUGUCUGGAGGUUUCCCUACCUGUGCCAGAAGAACGGAGGAGGUGCAUACUUGGUGCCCUACUUUAUUCUCCUCCUCCUCAUCGGCAUCCCCCUGUUCUUCCUGGAGCUGGCAGUGGGUCAGAGGAUCAGGCGUGGCAGCAUCGGGGUGUGGAACUACGUCAACCCAAAGCUGGGAGGCAUCGGGGUUUCCAGUCUGAUCGUUUGCAGUUUUGUGGGUCUCUACUAUAACGUGAUUAUCGGCUGGAGCAUCUUCUAUUUCUUCCAGUCCUUCCAGUUUCCACUGCCUUGGGCUGAAUGCCCCAUGCAAAUAAAUGGAACCCAAGCCAUCGUGGUGCCGGAGUGUGAGAAGAGCUCGGCCACCACUUACUUCUGGUACCGCCAGACUCUCAACAUCACCAGCAGCAUCGACGACACGGGUGGCCUGAACUGGAAGAUGGUCCUCUCCCUGCUGGUGGCUUGGAUCUUGGUCUGCCUGGCUGUCAUCAAGGGCAUCCAGUCCUCUGGGAAGGUGAUGUACUUCAGCUCUCUCUUCCCGUAUGUGGUGCUUUUCUGUUUCCUGGUGCGAGGUUUGAUGCUGAAGGGAGCGGUGGACGGCAUCGCUCACAUGUUCACCCCUAAGCUGGAGAAGAUGUUGGAGCCGCAGGUGUGGAGAGAAGCAGCCACGCAGGUCUUCUUUGCUCUCGGUCUGGGCUUCGGAGGUGUCAUUGCUUUCUCCAGCUACAACAAACGAGACAAUAACUGCCACUUUGACGCAUUACUGGUCUCCACGAUCAACUUUGUUACCUCCAUCUUGGCCACUUUGGUCGUGUUUGCUGUCCUGGGGUUCAAGGCGAAUGUCAUGAACGAGAAGUGUGUCGUCGAUAAUGCAGAGACAAUUCUGGGCUUCCUAAACACAGGUGUGCUGAGCAAAGAGCUCAUCCCUCCUCACAUCAACUUCUCCCAGCUGUCCGCCCAGGACUACAGCGAGAUGUACGGCGUCAUUAAGGCGGUGAAGGAGGACAGUUUCGGAGAGCUGGGGCUGGAUGCCUGUUUACUGGAGGACGAACUUAACAAGUCGGUUCAGGGCACUGGUCUGGCGUUCAUCGCCUUCACAGAGGCCAUGACGCAUUUCCCUGCCAGUCCCUUCUGGUCUGUCAUGUUCUUCUUCAUGCUGAUCAACCUGGGUCUGGGAAGCAUGAUCGGCACAAUGACCGGCAUCACCACACCCAUUCUGGAUGCUUUCAAGAUCCGCAAAGAGAUCCUGUGUGUGGGUUGCUGCAUCGUAGCCUUCCUGCUCGGCCUGCUGUUUGUGCAGCGUUCAGGGAACUACUUUGUCACCAUGUUUGACGACUACUCAGCUGGGUUGCCUCUCACUGUGGUGGUGAUCCUGGAGAACAUCUCUGUGGCCUGGAUCUACGGCACUAAGAGGUUCAUGCAGGACCUGGAGGACAUGCUUGGUUUCAAGCCGUACGCCUUCUAUUACUACAUGUGGAGGUACGUGUCGCCAGCUAUCCUGGUGGUUCUCAUUAUCGCCACCGUCAUCGAGAUGGUCGUCUCUCCUGCAGGAUACAACGCCUGGGUUGAGGCCGAGGUCAGUGCUGUUCGUUUCCACAGCUACCCUCCCUGGGCUUCAGCCAUGGCCUACUCCCUCAUUGUGCUGGCUAUGCUGCCUUUACCCAUUGUCUUCAUCGUCCGCCACUUCAACCUCAUCUCCGAUGGCUCCAACAAGCUGUCCGUCUCCUACCGCAAAGGCAUGAUGAAGGACAUCUCCAACCUGGAAGAGCAGGACGAGCAGCGCUUCAUCCUCAACAAGAACCCCAGCGAGACUCCUUCCCCGAUGCCCGCCCACCGCGCCUACCUGGGCCCGGGCGGCACCCAGGAGAUGACCAACACCAACUACGGCACCAGCACCAAGACGGGCUACCAGAACAUCGGCUCGCCCGAGUCUGGGCUAUGAUCCACUGAGCUCAUAGAUCCUCCCGUCUGUUAAACCCCAACCCUGCUUGGAGAGAGGGAGACAGAGGAUGUAAGGGAGGAACAGAGGAAGUCAAUAGGGAGAGAAAAUACACUGCCGGUUGUUGCAGCGCUCUUCACACCUUAACCCCCAGAACUGAGUCCCUCUAUCCCCCCUUGUUCUGCCCCUAUGCUCCUCGUCUUACCUUCUUACCCGCCAUAGGAUCAGUGCUGCCAAAUCUGUGCUGCCAAAUCCCGGUUGAAAUGAAGGGAUCGUGGGAAUGUGAGUACCACCAGAUGUGACAACCUUUUCCAUCUGUCAAUGUAUUAAAGGGGCAGAGAGAGAGGGGCAGAACAAGACCAGAGGGAGCAAGGAAAGGUCCACUGAGGGCUUCAAUAGAGGCUGUUCUUGUAAUAAGCUACGACCGAGGUUAAGGUGUGUGCAGCGCUAAAUGCUUUACAUUGUACUGAACCGUGCGUUCAUUGUGGGGAAGGUUAUUUUUGAGACGGUUGGAUGUUCCUAGAGAGAGGAGAGCUUCAUUUAUUUCUGGUUCAGUUGUCGAAGAUUGUUCCUUGUGAGUUUAGGAUGGAAGGAGACUCAGACAAGAAAAAUAUGUUCAUGAUCUGUAUCACUGUGUGAGAAAAUUUCCCAUUUAGAAAACAAAAUUCUUACAAAUGCAUCCAUAACAGUAUGUAACUAGAAUGGGCACUCGGUAGAGCGCAUACCUUCGCAUAUCACAAGAUUGGGCAUUGAAUUAUGAACAUUUUGGCAUUAGUUGCAUGCCAAUUGGAUAGAAAUUGACCGUGCUAUGGUAAA